AUACAGUGGCGUUUCAGCCGUUGUUUUCGUUUCAUUGUGGCUGUACAAUUACACACGGAAUAUGAAAAAGAAAAACGAUGAAAAUGACAACAUAAGUUACACGGAUGAUGACGAAAAGAAAUUUCCGGCUGACGCGUACUCUUUCGUGGCCCUCUUCAGCCCAUGGAAGGACUCUGACGUGUUUUGCAUUGGGAUGAUUGUCUUUCUUUUCCAAUCGACCUUGUUUUUACUCAUGAUACUGAGUGUAUUGUGCCCAGGUUGGAGAUCAACGGGAGUAACUGAUAAUCCAGAUUCUGAUUUUGAGUCGCAUUGGUGGGCUGGCUUCUCUCCAGCGAAUGCUUCACCAAUCGUCAAAGCGACACAGAUUAUCGCACUUCUGUCUUUCGUGGUUUUCCCCGAAGCCAGUUUGUUGGAUAUAUCCUCUGGAGUUGAGAUAUAUCCGGACCUGUGGAGAAGGAAUCUAGAUGAAAGCACAUUGCUGAUUGCAUUUUCUUGCACACUACGCAUCAUACAGGGCCUGUUGGCAAUCUUGGCAGUGUUUCUCUUGGUCAUAACCUCAUCAAAUGCAACGGAGAUUAUUCUCAAUUUUACUGCGGUGAGUUACAGCAGAUGAUCGGAGAAAAUCAUAAUAUUGUUCAGGAGACAACUAAGACUUACUUUCGUUUUCUGGAAUUUUCUACUUUAUCUGAAAUAGGUAAACUUCAUUUCAUUGUUGGAUGACAUUGCUUUCGAUUUAGCGAAGGACGGCAAAUAUGGACGAAAGUUGAAAGUAGCAGCAAAAAGGGUAGAGAAUGAGGCCCUUCCUAGAUACACCGUCUCCAGGAACAGUUUUCUACGACACAAAGUCUCUGUUUGUCUUGUCUCUAUUAUUCUUUUUGGAAUGCUGAGCUAUGUUAUUUUAUGUCAAGAGAGUAGUCAGACGUGGAUAACGCGUAUAGUUCAAAUCAGAUUCGGGAACAAAGACUUCAAAGCCCUGAGCGGAUGCUAUGAUAUAAUUGAUGAGUUGACUAAUGACGGACGAUAUAACUACGAGAUAUCAGACAAACUUCAUCAAACCACUCGAAUGCGAUUUGGUUACUGCAAGAAAAGUAGAAGAUGGGUUCUUUUUAGUGGUCGGCACCUUAACGGUACUGAGUUUGAUGAUCCCUGUUUGGCUGAUGAAUAUGAAAUAAAAGCACGUUCGUCAAAGACAGAUUCGUUCGACAUAAUGUACUCUCUUGAUGAACCAUGGUAUUCGCCAUCCGGUGAAGCUCUUGAUUUUACACUUGUUGACCUGGAAGACAACCAACAAAAGUGCAAUUCUGUCGUUGGCGACGGACUUUGCAAUGAAUUCUUUAAUAAUGAAUACCAUCGAUAUGAUGACGGCGAUUGCUGCUUCAUGACAUGCAAUUCUACUAACUGCGGAAAGAAUGGCUAUAAAUUUACGCCCCUAUUCGGUGUGACCAUUGCCGCAGCAGAUGGAUAUCCUCGCUGUGAUCUCAAAGCUCCAGACUCAGCCGGUCUGAAAUAUGUGUUUAUUCGAUUAGAUUCGAUUUCAAUAAGUGACAGGGAGUCGAAUCCUUUUCUAGUUUUAGAAUGCGAUGGAAAAAUGGUUUUCUCCAUUCCAGUAGACCAGGAAAUGCAGAACAAGACUGAGAAAGCGAUAGUCCCCAAGGAAGGAAAAUGUACCCUCAAUUUCGAACUCAAAAGAUCACAGGAGAUUCGGGAAUUCUCGUGGGAUUUGAACUACAGCAUAUAUAGUGCGGGGAAAGAUUAUAUUUACCGUCAAGAAAUGGGAGAGAAAAUUUUCAAGGGUCAUAGUUCCAGCGAGAAAAGCAAGGAAUAUUUCUCAUCUUGUAAGUCGUUUGUUAUGAGUUUUAGUGUGAUAGCAUUGACAAAGGGAAUUUAUUCGUUAUCUAAUUCGACAUCAUGCGAUUGUGUUUGGUAUUCUUUCAGAUGACUUGGGAAGUGAAGAUCACUUAUCAAGCAACAUAGGAACGCUACUCCACGGCAACACAUCACUAGAUCUUUGUGCGUUGAAUAUGACAGUAAGAAGUCGAAUCUCAAAAUAGAUUUGAUGAGAUGAUCACCCGCUUGAUACAUGUUACUAUGUUCUGGAAACUUAUCAAUUGUUUUUUAAAUUGUCGUCGUAGAUGAUAUGCAGCUUGACGGAACUCUUCCAACAGAGAUAGGACUGUUGACGGACUUGACUUCAAUAAACUUGUGUACGUGCAAGGAUCUCAACAGAGUCACGAUAUUACUUUAUUGUUAUUCGAUCUGAUUCCAAAUUGUGUUUCUAAUUUCUGUGAUGAAUACUGCAGGCGGAAAUUCAUUCAAAGGAGGUCUUCCGAGUGAGAUUGGUUUCCUAACAAAAUUAACUGAGUUUGAUAUCGCUUGUAAAGAUAUAGACGGUGGCAAUGGUAAGAAGGAGUACCUUGAGCACCUCCACUCCGAUGGCCUAACUUUUCAACUUAUUUCAAUCUCAAAUCUUCGUUUUUGUCACUAUUACAAAUACAGCCAAUAUUACAGAUGGGUUAAGAGGAACGCUACCAACUGAAAUUGGAUCGCUGUCAGAUUUAACUUCAAUCAGAUUUGGUGAGUGGGUUUACCUUGAGCGAUUGACACUACUGUAUUAAAAUUCAUUUGAAGUAUUUUUUGAUCUAAUCGCAGGUUCUUUUAUUUCAACAUAGGCAUAAGAUCCUUCACGGGAACCCUUCCGAGUGAGAUUGGCCUAACCAAAUUAUCAGAGUUGGAUUUUCGUACGUAAAAAUUGUUGAAUUUCAUCGCUUUCAUUGGCACCAAUAAUUUUUGGAGGAACUUCCAAACUCAUCAAUUUCUUUUAAUUUUCGCCGCAAAAAAUUCAGACAAAAGUUCUUUCACAGGUAGUCUUCCAAGCGAGAUUGGGUUGCUGACUAACCUCGCUAAGUUAGAUUUUAGUACGUGGGAGUACUGGUACCACGAACACUUUUUGUUGCAAACCAUCGCCUUUUUAAGUUUCAUCUCAUCGCACUUUUCUCAUUUUCACGUGGAUAUUGCAGAUCAAAGUAGCUUCACAGGCGAUCUCCCAAGUGAGAUUGGGUUACUGACCCAAUUAUCUGAAUUAAGAUUUUGUAUGUGAGAAAAUGUUUGAGAACCUCCGUGCUGUGAAUGUUUUGAAAUGUUAUUCUAUCAUCUACUCAAAAGUUUUUGGAUUUUCCUUUGCGCGUCACAGACAAUACUUCUUUCACUGGAGUUCUUCCCACUGAGAUUUGGUCGCUGACCAACGUGAGCAAAAUAUGGUGUGGUACGUGGGAGCAUGACCACCUCGCGGAAUUCCCGUAGUACUAGCCAAUCUCAAAAUUUGACUUCUCACAAUAUUUUUGCACUGUUUACGCAGGAAAUAGUACCUUUAACGGAAGCCUCCCGAGUGAGAUUGGGUUCCUGACCAAAUUAACUUCGUUAGUGCUCUGUACGUGCAAGAAUCUUGGGUUAUUUCUUAACUUUCGAUCCCCCGUCUCAUUUUUGAUUUUUCUUGUUGGUACGAAUACUGCAGUUAAUAGUGGUUUCAAAGGAACUCUCCCGAGUGAAAUCGGGUUGUUGACCAGAUUAACCUUUUUACGUGUUGGUACGUUGAUAAACUUACUAUCGCCAAUAAUCAUUAGGAGCUUUUUCGAUCUCAUCAGAUAUUUUCAUCUUGCCGAUACUCUUUACAGAUAAUAAUCAUUUCACAGGAUCUCUCCCAACUGAGAUCGGGUGGUUGGCCCAAUUGGUUGAUUUGAAAAUAGGUACGUUGGAGUAAACUAAUCAUUUUGCCGUUGCAAAGCAUGGAAGGAGCUUUUUACUAUCUCAUUCCACUUUUCUGAUUUUGGUGACAAAUUUCUCAGACAGUAAUAGUUUGACUGGAACCUUUCCGACCGAGUUUGGGUAUAUGAUGGGUCUUCACUCACUUCAAAUUCGUACGUAAAACAAAACUGAAAGUUCUUUUUAAUAUUGUUUCCGACCGCAUUGGAAUGUCCGCGAAUCUCAUGUGAUUCUUGUCAUUUCUUCUGUAGAGCAUAAUAAUUUAUUAGGGACUAUCCCGAGAGAGAUUGCGAAGAUGGCGAGUUUGUACUCGUCAGAUUUAAGUAUGUAGAAAUGGCAUGCCAAUGAGGAUCGUUUCAUACAUUUCAGAAUGAUUUUCGUCUCAUCAUUUUAUUUUUUGGCUUCGCUUUUGCAGGGAAUAAUAGCUUUACCGGAAGUCUCCCAAGUGAGCUGUCGAGCUCAUUUUGGAGUUUCAAUUUAGGUAUGUGCACUUGAUCGAUUCCCGCACACCCCAUUAUUUUCUUACAAUUUUUGCGACUCAACCGAGGUUUUCUGUUUUUGUUGAAAAUUCUAGAUGGAAAUAAUUUUUCUUGCCCCAUACCGCGAGGCGUCGUUUAUACCGGUGCAUGUGGUGCAGAGGAACAUGACCAAACAAAUGAGGAAGAAUUGGAUUGGUAUACGUUGUGAACUGUAUCGAUUGAUGAUGAUGAUGUCGUUUUGAUUCCCAUUUAAAUCUGUAAGGUUGGAACGUUGGGUAUAACGAAAUGAUGAGGAAAGACCAGAGAAAAUGAAAAUUGUCGUAGCGAUAAAUACGCUGCGUGAUUCAAAACACUACUACUUUGGAUUGAACCUUGUUGACUUGAUAUGCAUGCUGGUGAAAACAAUAAUAUGAAUACUUGUAGUUGUCAUGAAUUAGAUUAUCUACAACGCGAAAAGUGAGCUGUCUUAUUUUCGUGAAAAUUCAGAAUACCUCUUCGAUUUCAGCGUGUACGGGUAAAAACAGAAACGCACGUUAGAGUACUGUAAUGCGUACAUAGAAGUACAUAGGGACCGUACCGUACCAUACGUACUUUCCUUAUUUCUUGUCCUAACGUCAUUUUUUACUCUUCGAUGAGAUCGUUUCUGGAGUGAAAAAAAGUACACGUACGUAACGGUACGGAACGGAACGGUACUUCGUACAAAGUACUAUUCGUACGUAGUCAUUGGUAUACACAAGGAGGUACAGUAUUUCGUAUUUCGUACUACUACUACUACGGUAGGUAUGGUACGUCCAGCCUACGAAUUGUGCUCGGCCCUGCAUGAGAUUGGUUCUGAUUGAUAAUCCACUCAGUACCGGGCGGAAAUGUCAAGCAUGCAAGUGUGAGAGCAUAGCUAUCAUUGUUCACCUUCUUUCAGGUGCACAAUGGCUUCACAAUCUCCUUCAGAAAGUGCAAGCGCCUCGGAAGGGAAUAGACGGGGCGACAGUGGCAAUGAAGUGAGCGGUAGCACAAGCGCGGAGCCGUCGUUAUACUUUUGGAAUUACAAUUCCUAUGUUCCCUUUUUCGAUCCAAGGGAUGGCGCUGUCGAAGAUGGCAGGGAAGAUCGUUCUCGUUGGAAUGAUAACGGUCGCGACCUCGAACAAGCAUCUGAGAACGCAUUUCAAGGCGAAAGAUGGAAUCUGCGCAGCAACACGGCGGAGCCGAGCAUCCGCCAACAAUUCCGAACCUUCUGGGCAAUGUCGAAGCCCUACUUUUCCGAGAGCGGUGAGGGGCGUUGUCUCUUUUCCGGCUUGGUUGUUCUCAUGCUGCUGGACAGUGCUGCCAGGAUUGCCUUUUCUUACCUGGCCAGAGACUUUUGGAGCGCCCUGGGGGACAAGGAUGCCGAUCGCUUUUAUGCCGUGAUGCUGGAGUUUCUUGUGGCUCUCUGUCUUUUGGCGCCCAUCAAUGUCUUCUAUCGGUUCCAGCGACAGCGACUGGGGAUCAAGUGGAGGCAGUGGAUGACGGAGCGACUUCUGCAUCUCUAUUUUUACAAUCCCCACCAGAUCUACUAUCGAUUGGAACAAAACCAACGGGGGCAGAACCAGGGUGACUCGGAGGGGACAUCUAGGAGAGCAAGCAACCACCACUGCGUCGACAAUCCCGACCAGCGAUUGGCCGAAGAUGUUCGAUCCUUCACCCAGUAUAGCUUGUCGCUCUUUCUUACCAUUGCUGUUUCGUUGAUCGACCUGACGGCCUUUUCCGUGGUCUUGUACACCAUUAAGCCCGUCCUAUUUCUCUCCAUUGUGGGCUUUGCUACCUUUGGAACGGCCAUGACCUGUCUCCUGGGAAAGGACUUGGUUAAGCUCAAUUUCCAGAGGCUUUCGAGGGAAGCCGAUUUUAGGUACUCGCUAGUGCGUCUGCGUGAAAAUGCCGAAUCGAUUGCCUUUUUCCGUGGAGAAGCCACCGAAGGACACGAGCUAACGAGACGCUUUCAAAACGUCGUGCAAAACGCUUACGACUUGAUCGGAACACAGAGGAACUUGGAAUUCUUCACUACCUCCUACAACUACCUAACAUGGAUUCUUCCGGUCGUGGUGGUGGCCCCCGAGUACAUGGCGGGGGCUGUGGAACUGGGAGUCGUCCAGCAGGCGGCGGCCGCCUUUGGACACGUCCUCGACGACCUUUCAUUGAUCAUCAAUGAGUUCGAGGGCCUCUCCGAGUUUUCGGCCAGCAUCGGUCGGCUCCACCAGUUUGUGACUGCCGUGAAGAAUGCCGACCCGGACCGCCGGGACGAAACCGACGAAUCUGCUCCACUCAUGGGAUAUCCUCCCGGUAACGACGGCAGUAAUAGUACGGCCAACAAUAGUGGAGGAGAUGGAAUCUUCAAAACUACGAGCACCUCGGAUGCGAAUGCGGAAGCUGCCGGUGCCUUGUUCGACACUAACUAUACCGUUCAUAGAACCACACAAGAAUCUAUUUCUCUCAAAGAAAUGCCAGCAUUAUCUGGUAGCGGCGUGGAUCCAACAAGUCCUGCCCUUUGCAUCCGCAACCUGAAUCUAUAUACGCCAGAGGCCGCGAUUCCUAGUCCUUCGGAGAACUUCCUUUCUCCCACGGCAAGAACAAGAGAAUUGAUUCGCUCGCUGAAUUUGGAGCUCAAGUGGGGAGAACGACUCUUGAUCAUUGGUCCAUCGGGAAUCGGAAAAAGUUCCUUGCUCCGAGCCAUUGCCGGUCUCUGGACGUCGGGGAGCGGGGUCAUCGAACGCGCCAAUACCUCCGAUGUUUAUUUCUUGCCACAAAAACCGUACUGUCCCCUUGGUUCACUAAGGGAUCAGCUGUUGUACCCAAUACGUAGCAGUACCUCUAGCACUGUGCUAUCGUCAUCCUCCGAGAACAAGUCCAUCAACGACGACAAUAACGAGAUUCCAAAAACACCAUGCGAUCAAAAGCUGCUGGAAAUCCUCGAGUCGGUCGACCUGUCCGGCUUGGCGAAACGAUCAGGCAACGGUGAUCCCUUUCGCGGUCUCGAUGCGGUCGUGGACUGGAGCAACAUUUUGUCGCUUGGAGAGCAGCAACGUCUCGCAUUUGCCCGGGUCCUAUUCCACGAACCUAGGCUCGUGAUUGUCGACGAGGCCACCAGUGCAAUGGACAUCUCGACCGAAGAAAAAAUGUACAAGCUGCUGAUUGCAAAAGACUUGACCUACGUAAGCGUGGGCCAUCGGCCCACCCUGCUCAAAUACCACACCAAGCGAUUGGAACUACACAAGGCCGAGGGAACUAGUGACUACACCUUUGAGGAUAUACGUUCAACAGCUGAUGGAGUCGCAAACGAAGAAGUAAAUUUGUUCUUUCGAUGAAACGAUUUCGGUUACGGGGAAAAUGUACUGUAGAAAAUAAGCACCAUAUUAUGUA